AUGAUUUGGGUUCAUCUUCCAGGACUAAGCUUGGAAUAUUGGGAUGAAGAAACCCUUUUCACAAUUUGCAGAGCUCUAGGAACUCCAGUGAAAGUUGAUGAAGCAACUCUUAAUUAUGAUAACGAAUAUUGUGCAAGAGUUUUGGUGAAUAUUGAUUUAGCAAAUAAUAUUCCAAACAAGUUAUGGAUUAAAACAAAGUUUGGAGGAUUUAUGCAAAGUCUGAUUCUAACAAAGCCUCCAAAAUUUUGUGAUCAUUGUAAAAUUGUUGGGCAUUUGCAAAUUGAGUGUAGAGCAAAGAAAACUUCUUCACAAGAUUCUGCUACACAACAAUCGACUAGCAACACACCAAAAGAAGUAAAUACCUCAAGCAGAGAGAAAUUUGAUAUUUGUGAUCCAUCAAUAAGAACUAGUAGUCAAGUACCUGAAGUUACUCCAAAAAAAAUUUCCAGAGAUUUUGAAGCAGGUGAAGUUGGCAAUUGUGAGACUCCUGUAACUCAACUCAAUCAAUCAGUUGGAGCAGUUCAUCAAAUAAGGAAUUCAGUUAAUAUUACACCAGGAAUGUUUGGUUCUCUACAAAAUACAAAUGAUGAUGAAAACAUUAUUGAAAUGCAUGAAGAUAGAGACAUUCUUUCUCCAGCUAAAGUAUUACAAAUUGUGGAAGAUAAUGUUCCAGAAAAGAGUGUGAUUAAGUACAUAAAUGGAAAAGAAGGUACUAUUUCUGAAGAGCAGAUUCCAACUAAUUCUUGGUCUAAAAUUAUUCAAAAGCCUUCAUCCACAAAACAAGGUUCUACUUCAAAUGAAUCACAAGCUGUAAGAGCUCCAAAGGUACAAUCUCAACAAAAUCCAGUUAAAUACAAUUUUAGAAAAAAUCAGAACAAGGGAGGCACUAAGGGCCUCCAAUCUCAACAAUGA